AUGGCGCCUAAAAAGAAGGGAGGCAAGAAACAGGCCGAUGACUGGGAGGCUGACCUGGGCGAGACCAUCGAUCCGGUGGCACAGGCCACCGAGGACGCAAAGAAUGGAGAUGCAGAGCCAGCUGCUGCCGAUGAAGAGCUCAACGGUGGUGGUGGUCUUCUUGCUGCCCUGCGGAAAAACAAGGACAAACGUGCAAAGAAAGGCAAGGCUGUCUUGAACGACUUUGUUGAAGGCGAAGAUGCAGACGGCGUUGUUCCCACCCCGCCUGCAAACGACCUCGAUGCCAAAGCACCUACCGAGGCUACCUUCGAUGACGGCGACGAGGAUGCUUUUGCUAGCAACAACGCGAAGAAGGGCAAGGGAGGCAAGAAGCAGCCAGCCACGCAGGCCGCAGAAGCCGAUGCCGCAGACAGUGCCGACGGCGGCGGAGUAAAGUCGAAGAAAGAAAAGGAGCGGGAGAAAAAAGAGCGUGAGAAGCAAAGAAAGAGGGAACAGGCUGCAAAGAAAAAGACAACCGCUCCAACACCUGCUCCCAAGGCGGAGGAGCAGAAACAGGCUCCCGUCGAAGAAGAAAAGCCCGAAGCUCCGGCUCCGGCUCCGGCUGCGGCUGCGGCACCCAUGCCAGAAAAAGAAGAUAAGUCAGGGAAGAAGAGGAAAGUGCCUGCUGCCCUCGCCGCCCUCCAGAAACAACAAGAAGCCCUUGCCCGGCAACGAGAGGAACAAGCUCGGAUAGAAGCUGAAGAAAAGGCUGCCGAAGAAGAACGCCUCCGAAGAGAAGAAGAAGAGGAGAAAAAGAGAGCUGAAGCAAGACAGCGCAAGAAGGAAAAGGAGAGGGAAAAGAAGGAACAACUCAGAAAGGAGGGCAAGCUUCUGUCCGAGGCCGAUCGAAAACGGAAGCAACAGCAAGAGCUUCGAUUGAAGCAGAUGUUGGAAUCCGGUGUCAAGGUGGCUGGAUUGACUGGAGGUGCUGAAGAAAAGAAGAAGCCGGCUUACGACAAGAAGCGGAAAGGUCCCAAGAAGGAAGACGUUGACCUUGAAGCGGCCGCACAAAAGGCAAAGGCCGAAGCUGAGGCGGCUGCCGCGGAGCGCCAACGUCGCGCCAAGGAGGCAGAAGAGGCGGCAGCAGCUGCAGCGGCCGCUGAUAUAGAGGCAGGGAAUGACGGCGAGUCGUCCGAAGUCGAUGAUUGGGAAAAGGCCGCAGAGGAAGAAGUCAAGGACAGCUGGGACGCAGAUUCGGAUGCUGAACCAACCGUCAACGGCUCCAAAGACACACGCACAACCAACGGUGCUCCGUCAACCUCGGGGGGCAAAGCGUCCAAGGGAGAGUCCGAUAGCGACUCGGAGGAGGAAUCAUCCUCCGAUGAAGAGCGCACCGUCACUCAGCGCGCCCUUGCCAAAAAGAAGGCCGAGGCCGCCGCCCGAAGACAAAAGGCUCACGAAGAAGCGCUCGCCGCCCGGUCCAAGGACAACCUACGAUCUCCCAUCUGCUGUAUUCUGGGUCACGUCGAUACUGGCAAAACCAAGCUGCUGGAUAAGAUCAGACAGACGAAUGUCCAAGAAGGCGAAGCUGGUGGUAUCACCCAGCAGAUUGGUGCGACUUACUUCCCCGUCGAGGCACUGGAGCAGAAGACGGCCGUCGUCAACAAAGAUGGCAAGUUCGAGUUCAAAGUGCCGGGUUUGUUGGUGAUCGACACCCCUGGUCACGAGUCCUUCUCCAAUCUUCGGUCUCGUGGCUCGUCUCUGUGCAACAUCGCCAUUCUCGUGGUGGACAUCAUGCACGGCCUCGAGCCUCAGACACUGGAGUCGAUGCAAUUGCUGCGGGAUCGUAAGACUCCGUUCAUUGUGGCCCUCAACAAGAUCGAUCGGCUGUACGGGUGGAAGAAGAUCGACAACAACGGCUUCCAGGAGAGUUUGGCAUUGCAGAGCAAAGGCGUGGUGAACGAAUUCUACGACCGCGUGGAGAAGACGAAGCUGGCGUUUGCGGAGAAGGGAUUCAAUGCCGAGCUCUACUUCGAAAACAGGGACAUGAGGCGAUAUGUGUCGCUCGUGCCGACCUCGGCUCACACCGGCGAGGGUAUCCCCGACAUGCUCAAGCUUCUGGUGUCGUUGACCCAGGAGCGCAUGACGUCUAGUCUGAUGUAUCUGUCGGAGGUCGAAUGUACGGUGCUCGAGGUCAAGGUCAUUGAAGGCCUCGGCACGACCAUCGAUGUUAUCCUGUCCAACGGUCACCUUCGCGAAGGGGAUCGCAUUGUCCUGUGUGGUCUGAACGGGCCCAUUGCUACCAACAUCAGGGCCCUUCUGACCCCGGCCCCGCUGAAGGAACUCCGGCUUAAGUCGCAGUACGUGCACAACAAGGAGGUCAAGGCAGCCUUGGGUGUGAAGAUCGCCGCGAACGAUCUGGAAGGCGCCAUUGCAGGAUCUCGUCUGCUCGUCGUCGGACCGGAAGAUGACGAGGAGGACCUGUGCGAGGAAGUCAUGGCCGAUCUGCAGCAACUUCUCAGCAAGGUGUCCAAAGACAACCGCGGUGUCAGUGUUCAGGCAUCCACUUUGGGCUCUUUGGAAGCGUUGUUGGAAUUCUUGAAGCAGAGCAAGAUCCCCGUGGCCAACAUCUCGAUUGGCCCGGUGUACAAACGCGAUGUGAUGAUGGCCGGGACCAUGUUGGAGAAAGCGAAGCAGUACGCGGUCAUGCUAUGUUUCGAUGUCAAGGUGGACAAAGAAGCACAGCAAUAUGCGGAUGAGAAUGGGAUCAAGAUCUUCACGGCCGACAUCAUUUACCAUCUAUUCGACGACUUCACGAGACACAUGGCUCAAAUCCAGGAGCAGAAGAAGGAGGAGAGCAAGCUGAACGCCGUGUUCCCCUGCGUGCUCAACACUCUGCAGGUGUUCAACAAGAAGGACCCGAUCGUCAUUGGAGUUGAUGUUGUCGAGGGUAGUCUUCGACCGCUGACCCCGAUUGCAGCGGUGAAGACGAACCCGGUCACCGGAGUCAAGGAGAUCAUCAGCUUGGGCCGAGUGACAUCCAUUGAACGAGAGCACAAGGCCAUCCCGAUCUGCAAGAAAGGCCAGCCAUCGGUUGCGGUCAAGAUCGAAGGACCCAACCAGCCGCUGUACGGACGACAGCUGGAGGACAAGGAUACUUUGUAUUCGUUGAUUUCACGACAGUCGAUCGACACGCUCAAAGAGUUCUACCGAGACGAGGUGACGAGGGAGGAGUGGUCCCUGAUCAGGAAGCUGAAGCCCCUGUUCGACAUUCCUUGA